UACCCGACUCCACUCCAAGUGGUCAGGGUUGUUUAUUUUCGUGUUCAUUAGUUGUUGUUUUUUUUUGACGAAGCAGGCUGUGUCAGCUGAUUGACAUGGCGUAUCGAAGAAGAUUGUUCAACCAGGCGUUCAGUGCAUGGAAUAAAGCAUCUCCAAAUGGCUUUUUUAAAAAUGUAUCUACCACAUCAAAUGUGCGGUCAAAAGAAUAUGCUUUUGAGAUGGCGUGUUCUAGUGUACGAUAUGGUGCUGGUUGUACAACAGAAGUUGGCUUAGAUUGUCAGAAUUUUAGAGCCAAGAAAGUUUGUGUAAUGACCGACAGUAACUUAAUCAAACUUCCGCCAGUUAAAACAGUUCUUGACUCAUUAGAUCGAGCGAAUGUACCAUAUGAAAUAUAUGAUAGAGUUAGAGUAGAACCCACUGAUGUCAGUUUUAAUGAUGCAAUAGAUUUUGCGAAGAAAGGUGAUUUUGAUGUGUUUGUUGCCGUCGGUGGUGGAUCUGUUAUUGAUACGUGUAAAGCUGCUAAUCUUUAUUCAACCAAUCCCAAGGCAGAGCUCUUAGAUUAUGUUAAUGCACCAGUUGGAAAGGGUCUACCUGUCACUCACGACUUAAAGCCACUCAUAGCAGUAACUACUACAGCAGGAACAGGAAGUGAAACAACAGGCGUAGCUGUCUUUGAUUACCUCCCUUUGAAAUCUAAAACAGGUAUUGGUAGUAGAGCUAUCCGUCCUACACUAGGUAUUGUUGAUCCAUUACAUCUAAAAUACAUGCCAGAACGUGUGGCAGCCUAUAGCGGUAUAGAUGUAUUAUGUCAUGCAUUAGAAUCAUAUACAGCCUUACCUUACAAUGAACGAUCUCCAUGUCCUGAGAAUCCAAACCUACGUCCAGCCUACCAGGGUAGUAAUCCUAUGAGUGAUAUCUGGUGUGAACAUGCCUUAAGGAUUACCAGUAAAUAUAUAAAACGUGCUGUAUAUGAUAAUGAUGAUAUGGAAGCCAGGUCAGCCAUGCAUCACGCUAGUUCAUACGCUGGUAUUGGAUUUGGUAAUUCUGGAUGUCAUGCUUGUCAUGGUUUGUCGUAUUCUAUAUCUGGUCUAGUUAAAGAUUAUAAAGCUAAAGGUUAUACAGAUGAACAUCCUUUAAUACCCCAUGGAUUAACUGUAACUAUAACAGCACCAGCUCUCUUUGAUUGGACUGGUGUAGCUUGUCCAGAACGUCAUAUCAGAGCCGCAGAAAUGCUUGGUCGUGAUGUGACCAAUGUAAAACGAGAUGAUGCUGGUAAAGUAUUAUCAGAGACUGUUCUCAACAUCAUGAAUGAAAUAGGUGUACCUAAUGGACUGGGUAGUCUGGGCUACACUAGUCAAGAUGUACCAGGCUUAGUUAAAGGUGCCAUACCACAACAACGUGUAUUAAAGCUAACACCAAGGAAGAUCGAAGCCGAUCAUAUGGCUGAAAUAUAUGAAAAAUCGAUGAGCAUUUAUUAAAUAUUGGUAUAAUAUUAUACAGUUUUAUAAUCAACACAAAUUUGGCCAUAAAAAAAACAGACAAUUCCUACCAAAAAUCUGAUGCCGGAGGGACAUGUUAAUUUUAUGUUUUUAUUUUGUCAAAGAAUCACUACUUGGCUAAAUGACUUCUAUGCACAUCAAAUUGUUGUUUAUAGGAAUGUAUGAUUAUCCAGUAUCAUUUUUGAUUGUAAUUAACAUUUAUUAGGGUUGUGUACUUGAUAAAUGAGCCUGGAUUCAUUCAAGUUGUUUUAUAGAUUUAUUUUAUGUAACCAGGAUAAAAUGAUUAAUGAAAUAAAACAGAUGAGACCCUUUGAAGUGAUGUAGGAUUAUCUGUGAACCAGAAUUUUUUUUUUUUUAUAUGACCUUUAUAUUAUGGGAUUUAAGGGCAUUCAGUCUUUCAUUGAAUGGAGAGAAAGAAUUAACAGUUGGGCAGUGAUGCAUUAUAAACAUCAGGGGUAUUAAAUACAUGUCUUCAUUUUCUCUAGUCUAAUUAAAGAUACAUUAUGGGAGAUUAGAUAAAGAGCUGGUAGUUCUCACUAUAAUAGUUAAAAACUAGAUAAUGUAAAGGCAAUUUGCUGAAAAUUUCAGUCAAAUUGAUCCACUAUGAACCGAGAAUUAAGCAAUUGAAAUUUCAACCUAGCCUCGAUCAUCAUCACUAAAGUCUGUACAAUAAAAAAAAAUCUUGAUUAUCCAUUUCAUGAUUAAAUCAGAAGCAGCAGAUUGGGGUGUAAUCCAGUAAAUAUCGCAGACUAGCGAUGCCAUCGAGAGUUGAUUAUGGUCUGGAUAAGUUAAUUAAUGUCUAAUUAAUAAUUUAGAUAACAUUUCUGGCCUAAAGAAAGACCUGCAAUUGGCAGAUUUAGCUCUUGCAUAAUGUAUGUUUAAAACUAAAUGUUUUUUUAUAUUCUGUGUAUUCGGUUGGCCCAUUAACAUCCAAAGAUAUUUUUAAGAAAAGCACCUUUGACCUUUAAUAGACAAUGAAUCUGGUGAUGAAAUAUUUGAACCAAUUUGAAAUAUAUGUUAUGUGAUUUUUAUAUAUAAAAAUAGAGAGAGAGGAAGAUGGGAUCAAUUCCACUUGAUUUCCAAUGACCAGACUUAUGAUCUAAAGUCAUAACUGUAAGGGAGGUAACCUUUAGCUGAAUGGGUUAAAGUGGUGCACUACAAAUGUGUUAGUUGUGCAAUCUGUUACUGUUCAUUCAGUUCUGUAGAUUGUACAUGAUUACAAAGCAUAGAGUCGUCUGUUUAACCUCAUACAAGGUGCUAUGACUUGCCUCUACUGUCAAUAAAUAACAUACAUUCAAUCAAACUAUUCUCGCUCUUUCUCUCUCUUUCAAGAAAAUGUAUUUCUGAAUAAUAUUGUUAUUGUUACUUGAUUCAUAAAGAACUUUUGAUAACUUUUUAAUGAACUAUUUUUUAAAUGAAAAUUGCUAUGUAUUAUUUUAUAACACUGUAAAUUGAUACUGUUCACUUUUGAACAAUAACUAUUACUGACAAGAUCUAAGAUUUCAUUUGAUAUGCACAAAGGUUUAAUAGUCCGUAAUCAGACAAUAGUUGUAGGUGUUAUGGUGUUAAAACCGUGACUGUUAAAUUACGUACAUCACUGUUUGUUCCAUUUGCGUAUUCAAUAGUGAUGAAUAUCAGAAUUAAUUACUCUUUCACACUAUUAAUGACAUGUUUUACAGCUAGUUACACACCAAAUAAUGAAUGGUUACUGUAGAAUUUCUAACCACUUUCUGUUGAUACUAUUGUCUACGAUAUCACCCAUGGGGAAAGUGGACGUAAAACUUGAGGAACGAACGAAUGUUGAUACUAAACUCAAGUUUAAAGAGAUGAUGACUUGUAUAAAUUUGAAGAAGUAAAGUUCUGAUUAGAACACAGAUCAUAUUUCCAUUACAUUUUUUAUUGUUCAGCUUUUGUUUUAUUUGUCUUUAACAGUAGGAUCUAGAAGAGUUUAUAAAUGCAAUGUGUUUAGUUUGAUAUAGGGGAUUAGCCAAUGAAAAGAUCUGUUUGGUCCAGUGAUAUGCAGAUUUUCAUAGAAUUAUGGGAGCAGGUAUGACUCAGUAGGUAACAAAACCGUUAAAUCAUUCAGGGACACUUGACAUGACCUCCCUCUCAAAUGAGUCAUAUCUGUGUGAGGAGGGGUGGAUGGCCAAAUGGUUUAACCUAUGCCCUUUAAAUCAGAAGGUUUGUCAUUGAGUAAGCUGUUGUUUGCCCGCUUGUACGUGACAAGGAAUAGAGCCGACUGUCCAACCUUGUGGGUUUUUUCUGGAACCCCCCACUGCUAAAGACACUACCGCACUAGCGAUUUUAUUGAAAUGAAAUUGAACUAUAUCUGUGUGGCGUUUAGGUUAUCAAAACCAUAGGAUAAAGAAAUUUAGAUCUAAUUUUCAAUUCUAUUGAAGUGAACAGUAUGAGAUUUACAGUGGGAGUAUAUUAUAUACUUUAAAGACAACUAUAUAUUAUAUUGUUAAUUAUCUACAAUAAUUGUUACAUAAAGUUUUAUACAUAAAAGUUGAUUUGUUAUAAUUUGCUCAUUUACACCCAAUAUACCGGUAUUUCCUGUAGGAUUGUUACAGUAAUUAAUACCAGUUUUAUAAUAAUAUAUCUCUUGUUAAAUAUUUUAUAAUAAAUGUUGUAGAGAGGGAAUAAAAAUAGAUUUUAAAUGAAAAGAAAUUUAA